UUUGUCACAGUCGCUUGUUUUUCCUCUUGAGCUUAUUUUCGCCAUGCUCUGCUUGCCCUCGACCUCGGCGAGAAGUCUUUCCGCUUCCAUAACAAAAUUCGAUCAGUCAAGGCUAUCUCGUGCGAUGUCGAUGGAAGUACACGGGACCAGAUUUGGCAAGCCGCGGAGACCGAUUCGAGUCAUGGAAGUCUCGCCUCGUGAUGGUCUCCAAAACGAAUCUGAAAUUCUUCCCACAGAACUCAAAGUUAAACUGAUUGAAAAACUAGUCGAUCUCAAUCUAAAUUCUAUUGAAGUUGGAAGUUUCGUGUCUCCUAAGUGGGUGCCUCAAAUGGCUUCUACCCCGGAAGUCAUCUCCCAUCCCAGUUUGAAGAAUGCCAGGAAAUCCACCCCUGUUACUUUCAGUUGCUUAAUCCCUAAUCUCCGUGGUUUUGAAACAUUCGAAAAAUCAAAUUCAAGUUCGGACGAGAAUCGGGUUCCAGUUGUUGAUGAAAUCGCUUUAUUUGCUUCUGCCACCGAAGGCUUCAGCAAGGCCAAUAUCAACUCAAGCAUCUCGGAGUCCAUAAAUAAGAUGUCGGAGGUAGCGGGACGGGCCCAAAGGCGAGGAGUGAAGAUCCGAGGAUAUGUCAGCUGCGCUUUCGGUUGUCCAUAUGAAGGGAAGGUUGAUCCGAGGAAUGUGGCGUCUGUGACGCAAGAACUGCUCGAUAUUGGAUGUUACGAGGUCGCAAUAUCUGACACCAUUGGUGUCGGGGUGCCCCGUCAAGUAGAAGAGUGUCUCAAUCAGCUUGCACGAUCGGGUAUCCAUUUGAAACAACUAGGAGUUCACUGCCACGAUACGUUUGGAACCGGAUUGUCAAACAUUUUGACAGCUGUUGAACUGGGCGUCCAGACCGUAGAUUCAAGUAUUGGUGGGAUCGGAGGUUGCCCUUAUUCUCCUGGUUCCACUGGAAAUAUCGCGACCGAGGAUGUGAUUUAUGCUUUAGAGUCUUCCGGUUAUCACACUGGCAUGAUCACCCCACCGCUGAAGCCGGAGGCGGAGCUUGGCAAUGAUGCCGAUUUGUUGCUGCGAUUGGAACCUCUUGCGAGAGCCGGUGCGUGGAUCAAUGCUCAACUCCGCCGAGACAAUUCGAGCAGAGUUGGUAAGGCUGUCCUGGCAAGAGCGCAAAAACGUAACAUGAAAGAGAACGCAAAUCAAUAAUCCUUCCAUCGAAAACUUGGUGCAGUUUAAAAGAAUUGCAUGUCGUUGAAGCCUAAGUAAAACGCAAGUGAUAGUGUUCUCUCUUACUGCGACGCAUAUGUGCCAUGUAGUUUUAUGGCACAUCCUAAUCAUAUUUUCCUCAUGAUGUCAGAACUGCUACUCAUCCGCUAGUUUUCCAUGUCAGUACUUCUUGUACUCUGUACCAUUAUUGUUCCUCAUCAGUUGAAGCGAUUCUUCCGCAUGUCAUUUUUAUAUGUAUUUAUUAUAGUCUGGUGUACAGUUUAUCUCGGAUGUAACAGCAAGGCUCGUAAAAGUUUGCCCUUAUGCUAAUUGAAACUGGACAGAAAUAUGUACCUAGUUUCAAAUAAUGAGAGC